AGCAGAUAGAAGCAGAGAAGAGAGAGAGAGAAGCAGGGAAGAGAGAGAGCAGAUAGAAGCAGGGAAGAGUGGAGCAUGAGAGCUGAUCUGUGAACAUACUGGAGAACAUACAUCUUAAGUUUUUAGUUGGUAGUUGGAGCAUCAAGACAGGAUGGCUGUCCUGCGUCUGUGCAGUCUGCUGCUGCUGCUGCUCAUGGCUCCUGUUCAUGGCCAAUGGUGGAGUGUGCUCUGGGGGAAUGCACAGGAGAUGACCACACAGCCCCCCACCACCAAGGUAUUUUGGACAAUGGAAGGGACAGAGGUGGGCCAGGAGGGGACCCAGACAGAGGUGUACACUACUGCACCUGUUCAGAGUACACCUCUACAGAGCACACAUGAGCCCGCAGGUGCUGGAACAACAGAGAUCAAGCCCAAGGCUAAGAAAAUACCUCUGAAAAUGUGGAAGAGUCGUGAGCUUGGCUCUACAGGCCACCUAGACCUGACUGAGUUGAUCGGAGUGCCGCUCCCUCCCUCUGUCUCGUAUAUCACCGGCUAUGAGGGCUUCCGGACGGCCUACAACUUCGGUCCCGGCGCCAACAUCGGACGCCUCACCAAGACCUUCAUGCCCGACCCUUUCUUCAGGGACUUUGCCAUCAUCGUCACCAUCAGGCCCAGCAGCAACCAGGGAGGGGUGCUGUUCGCCAUCACUGAUGCCCAGCAGAGGGUGGUGCAGCUGGGGCUGGCGCUGACAGCUGUGGAAGAUCAGACUCAGAGGAUUCAGCUGUACUACACCGAGGGGGGCCAGGAGUCCUCACAGAGCCAGCAGGUGGUGUCUUUCAAGGUGCCUGAUAUGACCAAAAAGUGGACAAUAUUCACUCUGUCAGUGCAGGACCAGGAAGUGUGCCUCUAUAUGAACUGUGAUGACUUCCAAGCAGAGACCUUCCACAGGAGCAGCCGCCAGCUCAGCUUUGAGCCCAGCUCAGGCAUCUUUGUGGGCAACGCUGGAGGGACUGGCCUGGAGAGGUUUGUGGGCUCUAUCCAGCAGCUGGUGAUCAAAUCAGACCCCAGGGCUGCAGAGGAGCAGUGUGAGGAAGAUGAUCCCUAUGCUUCUGGGGAUGGGAGUGGGGCCGAAACGAUGAAUGACAUGAAACGAAGAAAGGAAACAGCAAGGCCAGAGGACAUGCUCAGCGGGCCUGUGCGAGCCCCGCCCACAGAGUCUCCGGAGGUGGAGCUAGAUGAGUACUCAGGACACCUGACCCCCACAGAGGAGGCCCAUCAGGAGAUGCAUCUCAGAGGUGGGGAAGGACCCCACCAGACAGAGGAGCCAGAGAUGUCAGGGGAUGGUGGACCUCUUAGCCACAGACUGAAAGGAGAGCGAGGAGAGCCUGGGCCUAUAGGUCCUGCUGGUCCCCGUGGCCCCCCUGGCCCCCCCACUCUCUCUGAGGGUAGAAGGUCUGGGCACCGCCAGCCAGGACCCAGGGGCCCUCUGGGGCCUUCAGGGCCAACAGGGGCCCCUGGGGUGCCAGGGAAGGACGGACAGCAGGGAAGCAAGGGUGAAGAUGGAGAUCCAGGACAGAGAGGACCUCAAGGUUUCCCAGGUUUGGCAGGGGAGGUUGGAGUCAAAGGAGACAAGGGGGACCCAGGAGCAGGACUACCAGGGCCUCCAGGCCCCCCUGGACCUCCCGGACCCCUCAGAUCACACAGUGUGCCAUAUGGAGAGGAUGCACUCGGCUCUGGUUUUGGAGACCUUGACAAUACAGAAUUGAUCAGAGGUCCUCCUGGCCCUCCAGGUCAACCUGGCCCCCCAGGACCCACCAGCCCGUUCAAUGCCUCGGAAGGCCUGUUCACUGGACAACCAGGUCCUCCUGGCAGAUAUGGCCUUGUUGGGAAACCUGGACCUCCGGUGAAUGAGGAUUGGUUUAGUGGUUCUGGCUUGGGCUCUGGGUUUGACACUGAGUUUGGCUCAGGGUUGUUCGGCUCUGGGCUUGGUUCUGGCGAGGGUCAACCUGGUCUGGAUGGGGAUGUUGGGCCGACGGGGCCUAAAGGUCUGAAGGGGGAACAAGGACGAGUUGGACCGAAGGGUGAACCAGGUGACCAAGGGUUGGCAGGAGCUACAGGGCUGAGGGGACCAGAGGGGAAGAGGGGUGACACUGGCCCUCGGGGGCUGCCUGGGCCCCCCGGACCCCCAGGAGCAGGAUUGUUUGUCGAGGAUAUGGAGGGGUCUGGGAAGAAUGACAUGCUCCUUGGCGUAGGACUCAAAGGCCCUCAGGGACCUCCUGGUCUUCCUGGCUCUGCAGGACCAAAGGGUGAAGAUGGGAAGGAUGGGGCUCCUGGGUUGUCAGUGAAGGGUGAGCCUGGUGCUCCUGGCCCUGAGGGACUCCAAGGGCUAGCUGGACUUCCUGGCGCCAGGGGAUUGAAAGGAGACAAAGGCGAUCCAGGACCAAAGGGAGAGUGUGGUCCUGAUGGACACAGUGUACCUGGUUCUCCUGGUCCUCCCGGCUCUCCAGGUCCCAUCAUCAAUCUGCAGGAUCUCCUCCUGAACGACACAGAGGGCAUGUUUAAUCAGAUCCGUGGGCCCCCUGGCCCGAUGGGCCCCGAAGGAGAGCCUGGCAGAGCAGGAUUCCCUGGCCCAAGAGGACCAAAGGGUGACAUUGGGCUUCCUGGUCUUCAUGGUCCACCAGGAAUGAAGGGUGCGAAGGGGGAUUCUGGUGUCACGAUCGCUGCCGACGGCACUGUGUUGACAGGUGUCAGGGGCCCUCAGGGACCAAAAGGAAUAAAGGGUGAGCGUGGGUUCCCUGGAGUUGCUGGUAUCAUGGGACCAAUCGGACCAACCGGACAAAAAGGAGAAUACGGGUUCCCUGGUCGACCGGGACGAACUGGAAUGGCAGGGAAGAAGGGAGACAAGGGUGACGCCAUUGGUCAACCAGGACUUCCUGGUCCUCCUGGCCCUCCCGGUCCCCCAGGACCAGUAAUAGGACUCAAUGGAACAGUUUUUCCGGUCCGUCCCCGACCGUUCUGCAAAACACCAGUGAAUGGCAGCAGGGGAUCAUCACAAGGUAGCAGGAGAGGAAACAGAGGUUCUAAAGGAGAAAAGGGAGAGGUUGGACUGCCUGGAACACCUGGAGAACCAGAUGGUGUUCUUCCCGAAGGCUUUGUGGGAGAAAAAGGGGACGUGGGCUAUGAAGGAAUGAAAGGAGAGAAGGGUGACGCUGGGUUGCCUGGCCCACCAGGUCUUCCUGGGAGAUCAGGCCUUGUGGGGCCAAAAGGUGAAUCCAUUAUUGGCGCCCCUGGUCAUCCUGGAGCUCCUGGUGAACCAGGAGUUCCUGGCACUGGACGACCAGGCACUCGGGGGCCCCCUGGCCCUGCUGGACCCCCUGGACCACCCCCUGUCUAUGCCUCAGCUGUGAGUAUUCCUGGCCCACCUGGGCCUCCUGGUCCUCCUGGGAUUACUGGCUAUGAAAAUCUGGUGACCACAUACAGGAACACCAUCACUCUGAUGAGGGAGAGCCACCGUGCUGCAGAGGGAUCCAUGGCCUACGUCUCAGACAAGGGAGAACUCUACGUUAGAGCCAGAGAUGGCUGGCGCAAGGUUCAGCUUGGUGAGCUGAUCCCUGUCCCAGCAGAGACCCCAUCCUCCGCAUUGUCCCAGGCCCUGAGCAGACCAGAUCGCAGCAGACCACACAGGCAGGAACUAGUUGGAACUAGCUACAUGCCCAACUAUAAUGUCCUACCUCAUACAGUUCACUCAGUCCUGGGGCUGCACUUGGUGGCCCUAAACGCUCCGUUCUCUGGGGACAUGCGUGGCAUCCGGGGGGCAGAUUUCCAGUGCUACCAGCAGGCCCGCACCAUCGGCCUCACCGCUACCUACAGAGCCUUCAUGUCCUCACACCUCCAGGACCUGGCAACCAUCGUCAAGAAGGGAGAUCGCUACAGCAUGCCCGUCAUCAACCUCAAGGGAGAGGUGCUCUAUGGCAGCUGGAUGAACAUCUUCUCUGGGAAUGUGUUGGACCCAUCAAUCCCCAUCUACUCCUUUGACGGACGGAACGUCAUGACGGACCCCACUUGGCCUCAGAAGCUGGUGUGGCAUGGCUCCAGCACGGUGGGAAUCCGUAUGACCACUAACUACUGCGAGGCGUGGCGGGCAGGUGACAUGGCAGUGACGGGCCAGGCCUCUCUCCUCCAAACAGGCAGACUGCUGGGCCAACACACCCGCAGCUGCUCCAACCGCUUCGUAGUGCUGUGUAUCGAGAACAGCUACACUGACCACAGAAGGUCUAAUUAACCUCAACACACACGUCUAGUAUACACACUCUCUCUCAUACACACACACAAAACUAGAUCUCAUUCAUGUUUUCAUGAAGAGCAUGUAAAACUAAGCUAUUGACACAUGUUCAAGAAAAUCCAGUACACACAAACAAACACACGCACACCUCUCAUUGACAGCAAACAUCCAUGUGGACCACACAAUAAACUAACUCCCUCCCUCCACACACACACACACAUACACACGUCUCCUAUUAACAAAGAGCAGUUAUGUGCUGGACCACAAGAGGCACUUUUACACUAUUUCAUACUGACCACAGAUGAAACUCCCCACUUCAUUAACCUCUCAUUAUUAACCUUCCAUCAACACAGCAUCACCGCUUUGCACUUGUCUCUAAUCUAAGUUUUCCUGUCCCUUUAAGAAAAGUGUAAAUAUAAUGUAAAUUGCUUCCUGUCAAAAGCACUGCAUAACUCCAAUUCACUUUGUCUUUAAAUUGACUGAAUAAGGAAUGCCAAAGAUAUGGUAAUCAGCAACCAACCGACUAACACACUGUUUCUACUGAAGUAAUCAUUAACACGUUUUUUUGUUGUUGGUUUGCUCAAUUUAGUCUCAUUCUUAAGUGCCCAGUAGAGUAGUUUGCAUAGAGGCAACAAGAGUUCUAACCUUUUGUGGAUUACUGUAUCAGUCCCCAAAACAAAUUGAUGAUAUGAUGAAAUUAGGACAACUGGUCUUUUCUGUUUUUCUGUGAUAUAAAUGUAUAAUAAAAUACUUGGAUGUUUUCAGACAAGGGACCUUUUUUCCCUCUUUAGGCCUUGAAGUCAUUUCGAUGCACUGUGAGUUGAUUUGAAUAGUUUGGGAUGUUUCCAUAGCUAUGAAGGCUUUUUGUCUGUGAAAAUUAAGGGUUUUUCUGUUGCGAGUGAUAACUUUUUCUUAAUAUUUAAGUUUAAUUCUAUGUUUUACAUUUUUUAUUUAUACUGUAACAGCACAUCAUCUUAAAUCUAGCAAAACAUAGCUUCACUUUCAAUUGAAAUGAAAUUGAAACACUACACGUGCUAUCUAAAUUGAAAGUUAUUUUUGUACGGUAUUCUACUAAUUGACUAACUGUAGAUGUACUUUCAACAAAUAUAUAAUCAAGAGCUAGAUAUUUUAAUGGCUGGGGAAAUGAUAGGAACAGUAACAACUCUAGAGCGCAAAGUAUUUUUAUAUGUUGAUUAAUUUCACAGACGUGAUCGGUUAUAUUUUUACAGUCAGGAAGAUUGUCUUUUUUAAAUUGGAAAGAAAAUGUUUGACUGUCAUUCAGAGAAAUACAAUGUUUGUACUCAUUGACUGUUGCUCAGUGAAUAAAUGUUUUUUUUUUAAGA